AGCAACCAACAAUUUGACCAAUAUAGUACCAAAAUUGGCCCCUUGUUUUAGUUUUAUGUUAAUCAUAAUAAGAAGUACAUACUAUUCCAUUCUUAAUUUGAACUUUAGAAUCAUCAUCAUGUUCACCUGUUAAAGAUUACUAUUUUAACUUCUGAAAUUAUCUUCAUAUAUCAAUGUUUAAUGAACCCAAUAACCCAUUGGACAUAGCUAGCAAGGUGUACUAUUUAGAUCCAUUAUGCAUUCUCAUUAAUUCUGAACAUAGUUGGUACCAACAAGUCUUUUUUUUUACCCCUUAUGUUUCAUCACCCUUUACUCUUAAGCUCUCCCACCAAAACCUCUAGGAGUGAUUCAAGUGGGAAACUAUUAGAGUUAAUGUGAUUUCGAGUUUAAGUCUUGACGGUCUAGCAACUGAGGAUUUUUUUUCUUGCUAAGAGUAUGUUGUGAAAUUAACUACCAAGUGAUUCAAGUAGCAAGACAUGAAAGCUGAUAUAGUGUGAUUUCAUAUUCAAUUCUUACUGCCUACCAAUCGAAUCGCCCACCCUCAUAAAUUUAGUAAGUAUUGAAAGUAUAAUUGAAUGUAUGUGCCGAUGCCAAUAUCUCUUUGGACAUAAAAAAUUGCAUGUUAUUAAGUUAGCAUUAAUCAAAGCAAAUCAGAAAGCAAAGAACAUGGAAUAAUGAUAGAGAUUAGAGGGGAAAAAGGGGUGAAACCUAAUUGUGAUGGUGUGGUCAUCUGAUCGAUCAUUCACAUGAAGGAGAGUAGUGGCCUCCAGUCCACCACUACCAUGCCAGUUCAUCUGUAUCUUCUUUUUCGUAUAACCAAAUGACCUUACAAAAAAAUUAAUCAUGUAGAAUAUUCCUUAUCUUCGAAAAUAAUUAAUAUUUAUUAAAGUUAGGCGAGUUAACCCCAAACAUUUGUCCAGUUGCAGUUUGAUGAGGAGCAUGCAAAUCGAUAUCGACCUGAUUACUUCUAUCGUGCGAAUGAUAGCUAGCUGCAUGCUCAUAUCAGACUAUUGGCUUCUGAUAACGCUAGAUUUUUACAUAUUAUAUUUUAAUUUUUCAUAAUGAUUUUGAUUUAUCUCGACUUCGUCAAAUAUAUAUCAAUUUGUAGAAGGAAAAGAAAGAAGAAAGAGAUCAUCAAUUUGACAGCAAGAAUGCAUUUUACAACUGGACACAACAUCUGCAUCAAUAUGUGUCAGUAACAUGGUAACUGUCUUAGCUAAUUGCAAAAAAAAAAGAUUCCUCCCAUGUAUCUUUCUGAUCAUUCCCCUACCUUCCUUUCCAAUUUUAAAUAUUAUCAUUCACAGAAAUACCAACUCCUCUCCCAUUUUUCUAAUAAAAAUCAAUUACAAUACUUCGAUCCUCUGCUUCUCACAGCCUCUAUAAAUACCUCUCCCACACUCUGCUCAUCUCAUCACACUCUCAAGUCUCAACUUCAGCCACCUUAUAUUCCUCUGCCUUCUCUCUUUCUCCAUCUCCAAACCUUCUCCCGAUUCCUUAAGAUGGCCAGCGUUGAGGUUGAUUCAGCUGCAGCAUUGCCAGUCGAGACCGAGACAAAGGAGGUCCCCGCCCCCGCCCCUGUAUUGGAAGAGCCAGCUGCUGUUGUGGAAGAAGCCAAAGCAGAGCCAGCUGCAGAAACAGAGGAGCCUGCAGCUGCUGUUGUGGAAGAAGCCAAAGCGGAAGAACCAGCCGCAGUGGAAGCUGAAGAGAUCGUCACAAAGGAAGUUGUGGAGGAAGAAGCCACUCCCGCCGCAGCAGUUGAGGAGCCAGUUGAAGAAGAAGAAGCAGCAGCAGCAGAGGUCGAGGAGCCUGCCGUUGUUGCUGCUGAGGUCGCGGUAGAGGAAGCAGAAACAGAGGCCUCGGCACCGGUGGCAGCUGUGAUUGAGAAGCCAUCAGAAGCAGAAGGAGAAGUCGCUGUGGAGGGAACUGAGGAAUGAAUGGUCGCUUGAUUUCAGUUGGAUCAUGAAGCAUGGGAUCUGUCUAUCUAUCUAUCUAUGUUUCUUUUGUUGCUUUCUCGAUGUUCAUUACCACGAUUCUAUUUGGAGGGUUUUGAGAAAUAUUUUGAGUGUUGGGAUCUUUGUGGAGUAUAGAAUGGAGCGUGGGAGAUGUUAUUAUUGUAAGGUGCGUGUCCACGUCAGCAUUCGUGGCGCGCCACGUGGAAUCAUAGGAUUCGGGGAGGUCGGAAUGGUUUAAUUUUAUGCUGGUUUGUGCAUUUAGCUAUGAAGCUUAUUCUACAUCAAUAUUGGUGAUAAUAGUGUACUUAGUGUGUAAUAUUAUAGUUAGCUCUUAAAGCCAUCCCUAAAAACCAAACACAGGUGAUGACCCGACAGUCAAUCGCCAACGACCUGGAUUCGAGUUCUUGCGACUCUCUGUUAGACUGGGCGUUAACGGUACUUGAUUUCGUACGUGUUGUAAUGACAUCCAAACCGAGAAAACACAGAACUUUCGAUAUGAGGGUUUGAGAUGUCACUGCAAGCAUGAUUCUGCGUACUCACGACGAAAAUAGUGACAAAAAAGAAGAAAAACUAGAUCAUUAGACUCAUUGUCAAUAGUUUAAAACUAAGGGGGAAGGGGAGAGAAGUCUUACGGAAGAAAGCACUGAAAUUCCCUUCUGUGCUUCCUUUCUGACUCCAGACCGUUAUUCAUAUGCUUAAGAACCCUAUAUUAACAGACCUACCCGUCGAAACAAAAAACGAACCAGACCAGAGCAAUGACAUGGAACCUCCAUGAUCCAUAACCCGACGAGACGACGACAGCGGCAAUGUAAAGAUCAAACCCUAACAAUGGACCUUCCUUAAAUUAUAGGAAACCGACUUUUGGCAUCAAACCCCCUAUCUGUACAAAACCUGAUUUCUUCUUCUUCUUCCUUUUUUUAUAGCUUUUUUUUCGUUCUUUCUAUGUGCAGAUUAAAGAACGCGCCUCCUCUAAACCCAGGCAUUUCACCAGGUGCCGAAGCUGCGACCAAUGUGCUCUUGGGUUAUGACGCGGAGGCGAUCUUGCAUGAUGUCCUUGGAUGGGUAAGGCGGGAAACAGAUGCGGUAGAAGCAUGUGUGGGAUGAAGGCAGGUGAUCAUGUGGUUCCCUGGACUUGUAUAUGUAGAGCCGAGAACUCAAGCCUCGGAAACCCUCUACAGGAAGAUACAUCACCGAUGUCCAGAAGAAGAGCAGUAUUCUCCUUUGCUCAGCUGACAUUUCCCCAACGAUCUGCAAUGUGACACAAUGAAAAUAAGGUCACACAUACACGACACAGGACGCAAGAUUUUCCCAGCUAACAGAUGGGGUAGUGACUCAACAAUAGAGCGGCAGAUCAGCCAUUCAAUUUCAAUCACAGUAUGGUUGAAACCUCGAAGCUGAAUGAAUUUGUAAGUUGGAACUAUGAAGUUAGUUCUGACAUAGGCUGUAAAAGAAAAGACCUUCAAUUUCAAUUGACAACCAACUCAGACUUAACAUCUACUUGUUCGUAGCUUUCACACAGUUACUUGGAUGGCACAUUACCACCAGUUUUUUCUUUUCUGCUGCGUUUCAAAAUUGCCACCAAGCAGCCAUUCACCAAUACACAUUGAAUGACAGAUUACGUGUUGAGCCUAUAUUUCAGGAAUGAGUUCCCAUGUCGAUUGCUAAACCAGUAGCCAAAAAAGAAAGAAAAAAGCCUUCGAUACAUCACUUAUGAACUCUAAUAUUCAGCACUCUCACCCAAAAUAAAAUAAAAAAACGAACAGAAACUAGCACGGAAAUAGAGUGAGAAAGAGCUUAAGGUUCUCUUCACUAUGAUGUAAGGUGAGAUCACCAAAGACAGCAAAACUCGACAGGCUAACAGUCAUGUUACAAGAAAAGAAAAAUGUACCU